UCACCGCUAGCAUAAAUAAUCAUGCGCCUUUCUCCCGACCUUUCCCCUUUCCAAUUGCUCUUCCCGUUUAUUGGCUAGUCAUAAAUCACGUGGUAUUCGAUCUAAAUAUAGGGAGGGACUAUAUACAUGAUAUAGCUUGUAGACGACAAGUAGAGAGAAAAAUUAUUUGAACCUAAAUCAGUCAAAAUUAAUGAUCAUGAGUUCGUUUACUAUGAACCAGAGUGGUUAUGUGGAUCCAAAGUUCCCACCCGGGGAGGAAUAUGCCCAGCCAAACUACAUGUCGGAUCAGACUCAGGACUACUAUCGCCAACAAGCUCCUCAAAACUUUUACGGACAGCCCGACGAUCGGCGAUACACAGAAAACUAUGUUCCGGAUUAUAGUUGUAAUGGGGGUAUGGCCCAAGGGCUCCCCACCCAUAUGCAGCACAUGAAUGGCAUGGGGAACCCUAUGCAGGCAAUGGGUCUCCUUCACCAGCACCCCGGACAUCCACCUGGGGUGGGGCCCGGUGGCAUGGGGUCUCCACAGCAUCACAGCGGUCCCAUCAUAUACCCCUGGAUGAAGAAAGCACAUAUGGGGACAGCUGCUGUAACCAACAUCAAGAAUGGAGAAACAAAACGACCAAGAACGGCCUAUACGAGGCACCAAAUACUGGAACUAGAAAAAGAAUUUCACUUCAAUCGGUACCUGACUCGGAGAAGACGUAUAGAAAUUGCCCAUACUUUGUGUUUAACUGAAAGACAGAUAAAGAUCUGGUUUCAGAAUAGACGAAUGAAAUGGAAAAAAGAGCAUAAAUUACCUAACACUAAAACUAGACUACCUGAGACAGAUCCUUUGCACACUGACAUACAUGGCUUAAGCCCAGAUGGGGGACUCAAAUUGGAUAUCAUGACGUCAUGUUGAGGGUAAAAUGUCUGCAGAAUCUCUCACCGUGCUAGAAAGUGUGCGGUGGCUUAAAGCACGACCAAAGGUCACUAAAUUAUUGUUGCCCUCUGUCCAGCCCGCGGAACAGCUCCCGCAGCCCCUUCUAAGAUGCUGUACAAAGCUUCAAAGUUGCUUGUAAAACGCUCAGAUAUAUUUAUAAGUAAGGUGCUGUAGAUGUGUUUCGUGUGUAGUAAGAUAGAUUAAAGAUAUGAUGAUAUUGACGAAGAUGGACUAUGUAUAUUUGAUGUUGUUACUUUAUCUUUGAAGACCUGUAUGCGGCUGGACAUUGAUAAAUGUGCCCAGUGCUUUGACGAAGCAACCUUGGGGCGCCAGAGGAACUAGGGAUGGGUAGAUGUAUAUAUUAAACACGUUGAUAUCACAUCAGCGCCAUAGCUGACACUAUUCUUACAUCUGUACAUGGGUAGGGGUCGAUCAUUGUACAGUAUACUAGAUCCUCAACUUGACCCUUACCCAGGUAGAACGCCUUAAUGCACUGAACCAUGACUUACAUCCCCAGGAACAGGAAGACAGGGCGAUGGGGAAUAGAACCCAUACUCUCAUUGUGCAAUGCGCCCGUUUCCCCGUCUUCUUGUUCUUGGGGUACUUAUACUUAAAAGAUACUCAACUAUUACACCAAGCUCAUUUCAGGGUAAAUGGAGCGGCAAAGCUGGCUUGUAAAAUGCCUCUGUGAUAGACUUCUAUCAACAAACGAUAUGGCUUCUAAAUAUGUAUCUAUUCUAUACAUUCUGUAUAUUAGUUCUAUUCCAUGUUUUAUUUCAGUAUUCAUAGAUGAAGAGAUGUAUUUGUAAAAGUAAAGAUAUGAAUAAAUAAUUAGAGUGCGA